AUGGCAUCUGUGCUGAAAUCUCGCUUUGAAAUGAUUGGACAUGACCCAAAGUUUCAGUAUGAAGAUUGGGGUCCUUCCAUCUUCACAUACAAGUUUCUGAAGUCUAUUCUGCAAAUCAUGUGGCUUCGCCUGGAAGAUGAAGCAUUCCUGGGUCAGGCAGCUCCCAAUGCUCCAGUUGUGGACCUCAAUGGGGAAGUGCAUAAUUUGUUGGACUAUCUUAAGGGUAAGAACAAACAAUUUGUGUCCCGGUAGGAGAGCAAAGUUGCUUAAGUAUCACUAGGGGAAAGUAGAAUAUUUUCAAUGUCAAAACAUCUGCCUUUCUAAAGGGACUUUAAGAAAUGAGCAGCACCAAUAUACAAACAGUGUGCCUAGUGUUUUACAGAGCAGAGAAGAAUAUCAAUACAGUCCUAGGCACGUCUAUCUAAACACAUCUUGUUAAAAAUUGUUAAUCUCGUUAUUAAAAUUGUAUAGAUAUAUGUAUUUGAAGAAUGCACCAAAAUUCUUAUUGGUAACUCUAAGCACCACAACUUUCAAUCAAAGCCAGAUGCAUUCAACGUGUAGAUGGACCUUUCGUGUUUUAUAUCAAUUUCCAGAAAGUUAAAGACAUGUCACAAUGCCAAUUGGGAGUCAGUAUUCUCUAACAUUAGGGGACAUUGUUGUCCAAGAAGAAACCAUCAUUCUGAAGCCCUUAUAAAAAUGUGUGGACUUUUAAUCAUGUAUUCUGUAUCUCUUGCUGGAUGAUGUAGUUAAAAAAAACUUGUGGUAUUUCUUUUCUAGGUCAGCGUCCUUUGGUUUUAAGUUUUGGGAGUUGUACCUGACCACCGUUCCUCUUCAAGCUUGGAGAGUUUAAUAAGCUCGUCCAGGAUUUCAGAUCUGUGGCAGACUUUUUGAUCAUCUACAUUGAUGAGGCCCAUGCAGCAGGUAGGAGAUGUUACUUGGGAGAAAAAAAAAUAUCUUUUACAUUGAAGAUCUAGAGUUAGAUUUAAAACAAAAUUUAGCAAGAAACAUUGGUAUAUGUCAUUUUCACAAAGGAAUGUGGAAUGUGGUAUUGUGGUUUUAUUUUUUUUUAAUUUUUUUGUAAUUCUUCAAACAAUUACAAAACCCACCACCAACUCUCUCAUACGUUUUCUGAAUUUAUUAUUUUAAUGGUUUACUGCCUAGUAAGUAUUUAAGUUCAGUGCACAUGUUUAAAACCUGGGAGGGCAUAGUUUGCAAAUGUUUAAAGACCACAGGUUUUUUUUUUUUAUGUUGCCGAAAAAUUCUGCUGUCCUAGAAUCAUAGUUUAAAGAGAAAAAACAAACCCAAAACUUAGUGCGAUAAACAUGAAUAGACUAAUAUAGCAGGUUUUGACAGUCCUGCCUGCAGGCUUACAGUCUAAUUCUAACUCUUAUGAGUUUAUAAAAAGAUGAAUACAUUUGUUAUUUCCAUAGACCUGGGGUGUUUUUUUGCAAAGGUAAACUUUUUUAUUUACCGACACACAUUAAAGGAACAUUGGCACUGUCUGUGACCUCCAUAUGAUCCCUCUCCCAGCGCUGCAUUUUUUAAGUGAUCCUUGGUUUGGAAUAGGGCCUCCCCAGCUGAAGUUCAAUGUAUUUUACCCAGCAGCGUGAACACAUUUUGAAGAGGUCAGCCAUCGUUACCAGGUGUGCUACUGCUGUUAUCUCUUUAAACACCACGGUAUCUGAGCAUUAACUGACCUGGCUUCUAUUGAGUAAAUGCACAUGCGCACCAUGCAUUGACAGCUGAUGAAACUGAAAUUGAGAGCAUGCUGCCGGGAAAUGCAGUAUAAUCUUUGGUUGGACAGCCUCCUAAAGAUGAUAACUUUAGUUAGCAUUACUCAUGGAGAAUGCAUUAGGAGGUUGUUGCUGAAGUGGCAAUUUUGUUUUUGGUCGUUUUUGGUCGUUCUUUUGCCCAAGACCUGCGCAUGUGCGAGAGUACAGCAUUAAUGUCUAUGCAGGAUCCCACUCAAUAGAGCUCAUUUCCCUACAGCUGUCACUAGUGAUGGUUGGGGGAAAUGACAAGGCUUGCUGGUGGUAGCUCUGGCUAGUGUCAAGCUUGUCAGCUGGAUGAAAAAUACUGUUAAAUGCCAACACUAUAGUGCUCUCAAUAACACUACGUAUUGACCAAAUUAUUAAUGGAAUCGAGCAGGGUAGUAAGAGGCACAGGAUAAUAAUAAAUACCACUCCUUAUACCAGUGCUUUUAACCUUCCAAACUGUUCGUACCAGCUUCCAAACCAACUACCUGGAUUAUACCCGUUCCAGAUCUAAGUAGGUACGUGCGUUAAUUUAACCAUGUGGCUAGUAAGGUCAACCACAGCUUGCCCUUCGUCAUCUAUAUGCAGACAGCAAUUAUUAAUGUUCCGCACAUACCUCCUUCAACUGCUCAUAAAUAGUCAAGGGCCAGCCUAUUUUGGUAAAAGGCUGGCCUCAUACGGGUAUUCUGUUUUGCCAGGAGGUAAAGUACAUCAGCAGCCUUAUAAUCUCAACCACCUCCUGUAAACUUAUGAUGCGGUUGAGCAUACCUAGCACACAUGCCCCCGCCAAAUCUUGUGGUAAUUCUGAAUAUGCCUUCUUACCACAAAUCCAGUAUACAUUUUCUGGGGCUCUCCGGUUAGAUGUAGCCAAUAGAUCAAACCAUACCUCUCUUAAAUUGGUGUGAUUAACAAAAGGGUUGGUAGGCUCUGAGACAUUUGAAGCUGACCACCAGGUAGUUUUAUGGCUACUAGCAUUAUAUGCUUUCUGCCCUAGACAAGUCAGCUCGCCUACAGGGGUGUUAUACAUUGGGCCUCCCCUAGCUAAGUAUGCAUGACCGUUUAUGGAUGUUUUUAAUUGCCAUUCUGAUUUUUCCCAUAUGGUUGCUUGAUUACUGGAGUGGGAAGGCAUCUAUUGCUCAUUUGUCUCAGAACCAGGGUACCAUACUUAUAUUGCUUCACAUGGCCAUUGGACUCCCAUAUUGACCCUCCACAUACAAAGCAGUUAUUUAUAUUAAGACUACUUACAAUACUCUCAGCCAGAUCGAUGAACAGGUUUUUAACAGUGUGGGGAACUUCAUCUUCAAAACUCAUCUUCAAAAGAAAUGUAAUACCUGGUGAGUUUGGGCAUUCAGGGUCUCGGUUUCAAGGCCUAUAUAUAGGAUGGCUCCUGGGUCUGUCCCUGUACCAUAUAUUUGUAAACCGAAAAGAUUCUCAAACUUGUUAAUAAAUUGCUGGGGGUUAGAAAUUGUCAUGUGUACAGGAUUACACUCCAUUGAUUUACAAUGAGGAGUAGUAGGUAACCUCUGAAUUAUCAGGUCUUGGUCUACUGUUUUUCCCCAGGUCGCCCAACCUACACAUGACCAGUAUAGGCAAAAGUUGAAGUCCCUAUUUGGACAACCAGGGUCAGUAGUUAUUCUACUAGGGCAUAGGUAUUUAUCAUUAAACCCAUAGGUUUGUUCCCAUUUAAGAUAACCACAUAUGUUCCAAGGUUUUCCACUACCAGAAAUCGCUUUGCAUGCAUCGAAUAAUAGGAUGCCUCGGGAAGAAGUGGUACUUUAUUUAUUUAUCAAUGCCCCCUGAGAGUAGGCAUUUGAAGAACCAGCCAGAUUGUACAGGGUUGGAAUUGGGGAUCAAAACACUUGGGUUCACCUGAAACUGGCUGACCCACACUAUAAUCAGUGUCUAAGUAUCUGCAUUUAGACACAGAUCCUUUACAUACAUAAUGCGAGUGCCAAAUGAGAGUUUGGGAUAUCUGGUUACCUGUUUUUGUAGUCUUAAAGGAUCACUUUAGUGUCAGGAAAACAAAGUGCCCCCACCCUCAUGGUCCCCCUCUUGUGGCGCUGAAGGGGUUAAAACCCCUUCAGCAGCUUACCUUUAUCCGGCUCUGGUGGCAUCUUCUCCCCGUCCAACGUCAGCUCCCUAGUGGAGCGGAAUGCACAUGCGCGGCAAGUGCCGAACGCGCAUUCAAAGAGUCCAUAGGAAACCAUUUCUCAUUGCUUUCCUAUGGACACUUUGCGAGAUGGAUGCGAAAUUCGCAUCCAGCGUCGCAGAUACGCCUCUAGUGGCUGUCCGGAAGACAGCCACUAGAGGCUGGAUUAACCCCAAAUGUAAACAUAGCAGUUUCUCUGAAACUGCUAUGUUUGCAUCUGAAGGGUUAAAACCUGAGGGACCUGGCACCCAGACCACUUCAUUGAGCUAAAGUAGUCUGGGUGACUAUAGUGUCCCUUUAAUACAACUAUCACAGCCUUGUAUGUCAUCACCUUUGCAUUCCGUAUAUUUAGCAAAAACACUAAAACACACAAAGAAAUACAUUAUGAUGGAAGUCUUCAUUCAUAUUUUCAACUGUGCGACAGCACCUCAGCUUCCCACUUGUGAGGGCUGCAGGGAAUGUUGUCCGUCUGAUCCUCUCUUCCCUUCACAGAGGUCCCUUCGAGACACUCUGGCUAUGAAACGUUUGUAGGUGGUCAGGCUUUAUUAUGGCUUUCAAAACACCUACUUGCUGCUCUCUGAUAUCUUUCUCAUCCACUUUUUUUUUAAAUCGUCUCGUACUCUUCCUUAUGUCACUUUAAUCAAGCUUCAGGGACUGGGUAGUUUGCUUCAACUGGAUCUUACAAGGAUUUUCAGGAUCUGGGAUAGCUUGCCAAGAAUCUGCCAUUGGUUUAACCCUAGAGUGAUGAAUCCAGGGAGUCACUUACGCCACCUUUACAGUUCACAAACUUGUCCAAAUAUGUCUGUCUGUUUUUCUUGGCCUUCUGUGGUAUAUGGUUCUGACAGAGGUUAACAGGAUAAUCCCCAAGCUUUAAUUCAAUAUGUAUGAGAGGACUAUUACGGGCGAGUCCUGGAGGAUUGUUUUCUGCCCAUACUCUUGGAAUGUCAAAUAAUGAUCCAUCACUCUUUGGGUUUGGGUUUACUAUUGACUCCUGGAAUGUCAAAUAAUGAUCCAUCACUCUUUGGGUUCGGGUUUACUAUUGACUCCUGGAAUGUCAAAUAAUGAUCCAUCACUCUUUGGGUUCGGGUUUACUAUUGACUCCUGGAAUGUCAAAUAAUGAUCCAUCACUCUUUGGGUUUGGGGUUAUCACUGCAGAAUACAAAUGCCAUUCUUCUUCUUUUGGCACCAGUACGGCUAACAUACCUGGUGAUUUAUUAAACUGCAGGGAUGUUGAUCCAUUGGAUAGAAAAUGUUAUCUGUGCUUGAAGCUUUGACAAUAGAUCUCGUCCUAGAAGUUGAAUUUGGCACUGAGGCAUAUAUAGGAACUGAUGCUGAAUAAAAUGGCCCCCUACUGUACAAGUACGAUUCCUGAGAACGGUCCAAUAGCUCCUUUACCAGUAGCUCCUAUUACAGUAACAGUCUUUCCAGAGAGAGGGGCUACUAAUUUGGUCACAACAGAGUGGUCAGCAUCUGUAUCAAUCAUAAAGGGACAUUUCUUUCCCCCUAUUGUUACUUUGACCAUAGACUCUGCUCGGCUAAGGGGGUGGAGCCCGGUCUGUAUCAAUAGUCCUCCAUGACUGUAUCAGCCAGACCCACAAAGUCCCUAUCAUCCCUAUCCCUUAGUCUCUGAUUAGGGGGAUAGUAUCUACUUUCCUGGACGUCACCUCUGUUACUACUGUCGCUCCCUCCAAGACUUCCUCUUCCUCUAUAGCCACCUCUAUAACCAUCUCGUCUCCUUCUCUCAUCUUGUCUAUAACUUGCUUUAUAUUCCCUCUGUGGGCAGUCGUUCUUCCCAUGUCCUUCCCCUCUUCAAUACGCACAUUAAUUUCUAACCAACUGUGGUCUGUCAUUCCUAAUCCCACAUCCUCCCCGUGUGCCUACUCCUGUAAUUGCUACAGCUAACAUAUCCAUUUUCUUUUUCAUCCUGCGUUCCUCCUCAUGCUUCGUUUUAGCUUCCCUAUUCAUAUAAACCCUGUUUGCAACUUCCAUUAGCUGUGUUAUGGACAUCUCUGCAAAUCCUAACUUUUGCAAUUUCCUUUUAAUGUCACUCUGGGCCUGGCUGACGAAUGCCGAAUUGAUCAUAUGAGAAUUCAGGGGCUUCAGAAUAAAAAAAAAAAAGGGAUAUAAAGUCUGUAUGAUUCAAGCUGUCUCUCAUAAAAGGCACUGGGGGGAUUCAUCAGUUUUUUUUAAUACUUCAGCUAUUCUUGACAUAUUUAUAGCCCUUUUCCCACCUGCUUUUCAUGCCUGUAAUAAUUAUAUCAGCACCAUUUAUAUUCCAGUUAGGAUCUAUAUUGUGGAAAUGGGCAGUAGCCCAAGCCACUGGAUUUGCUUGGUUUUGGGUACGGUCAGUCUCCUCAAGAGCUUUAAUGGCUGCUUGGUAAAUAUGGGUCCUUUCCUCAGAAUUAAAUAGUAACUGUUGACAAUCAGCUCAAGUAUGCUUGUGGGUUUGUAUGAUCGAUGUGACCAAAUCAAUCAUAGCUUGUGGUUUUUCCAUUUAUGAGGGUGUGACGAAGUGCCCUUCGCCACUUGUGCCUGGAGAGGACUGCUUGCCCGCCUCUUGCCCUGUGACUAUGGACCCUGGGAGAUUUGGCCCGUUCAAUUCAGUAUGAUAGGAGUUAUGUAUUUUUGUAUCCUUUUGUGUUUUACUGGGAACAUGUGCUCAAUGGAGUCUGCUUCUAUCCCUGGAUAAUUGGAUUACUUUCCCCAUUGUCUCCAGGCUAGAGGGCUCUGUAAAACCAGUUUGGGCCAGAUAGCCAUGCUGCCAGCCAGGCCCCAAAAGAUACUUUACUAACUUCUGAACCCCUGGUCUGAUUCAUGCCAUUUUUGAUAUGUUGUUUCCCUGAAUGGAUUGAUUGUGAAUAUAUAAUUUUUAUGUGAAUGUGAUGUAUAUUUUAGAAGUUAUGAAUGCUGUAAAAACUGUAUUAUUUCUGGCCAGCAGAUAAUUGAGCUUUGUGUAUUGUAGAAACUCAAUUAUCUAGCCUGGCCCAGAGGAGGAGUUUUGUGUUGCAUAAAUUGUGAGUUCUGUGUGCCAGUAAAUCAGUCUUGUUCCAGCAUUAAGCCUUGGCUCAUGUUUGGGGGAUUGGAGAAAUACACUCUGGGGAUUGCUAUAAUCACUAUACUCCCCAGGGUAUGAUCACUAAGUUCUGCUAAGAGCUUGUUCCUGCUCUCUGGGGAAAGAGAGGUUCACCCACUGGAAGCUGGAACCUGGCCUUGGGUCCAGGGUGGGUGGAGACAGCAGAGACCCCGGCGCAGUUGCAUCGCUGGAAGUGGGGUCUGCAGUGCUGAUGGUGUCGGUUGGAGUGCUUGGAGUCCUCAGCGAGCACUAGGAGCAUCGAUUGGCAGAGGUACUCAGUCGGAGUGCCAGCGGUCCGUCACAGAGGGGUUAUGGGUUUUCCAAAUAAACAGAUCGGUAGUUGUAAAGGGAACGUAUACAAACACAGGGUCUCCCAAUUGCAACUGGCCAUUGCCAUCAAUGUGUGUUGGGCCAGGAGUAAGUCGGAGGGGCAUCUGUAAAUGCCGGGUUGGAGGGUACCAGUAAUCGUACAUGUUAAAACUGGACUACGGACAUUUGUAGAAUAUUGUGGUCUAACAAGUUCCGGUUGGGGGUCAUCAGGUGGGUAGAGGAAGGCAGAUCAAUCAUAUCAGUUUGUAAUUUAGUUAGGGGGAUAUUUCGGACAAGGCUAGGAGGGGCCCGUCCAGUAACUAAAAAAAGGUAAAAGUAUAUUCCAGUGUUUUAUACCAUUGACCAUUUCGUCCAGUUGUAUUUUAGACUCAGUUACCGUUACUGAAGGCAAGCAGGGCUCAGUAGUUAUAGUGCUAUGUCAGUGGCAAUGUCAUUGCUGAGAAUUAUCUGAUUUAAUGGACUCAAUUACUGUUAUUAAGAAUUCUCCUCACAAUUUUGACUGUUAAUAAUAAAAUUGAACAAUAAUAAAAUAAGUUAAAAUACACUCCUACCAAAAGGGGCAUCAGUUCAGGGUACAAAGAACUAGUGGGGGUAGGCACAGGAAUAGUUGUGCCCAAGACAGAUGAGCUGGUAUCUGAGGUGGGUGAGUGGGUAGGUGGAGACAAUGGGGCAGGAGAAGUGGAAACACCAGUUCUAGCUCGGGAGGAAGAGUAGGGAGUUGGAUUCGGGGGGAGGGGUGUCCAAACUAGGUGGAGUUGAGGCCUUAGUGGACAAACAAGUUCUGGCAACCAUGAGGCUGCAUUGUUCCUUGUGGCAUAACUUGAUGCAUUAGGCUGUUUUCCCAAAAAUUUGCUUCCAGCAAUCAAUGUACGGAAACUGAUCAUAAAGUCCCAGCAUACUUAUUAUAACAUUGUGAACCUGCUGUAUUAAAUCUGGAUUAAGGCUACCACAGGAGGGCCACUGGUUACCAAAACUGGCCAUUCUUUGCUACACAGAGUAGAUGAACCCCUAAUGGGUAUACCUUUCAGCUCCUGGACUCGGGAUCGAAUUUCAUCGACGGGACACCCCAAUACCCACUGCGCAGAAGACGGUCUCCUGGACAAAAGGCCAGUGGCGCCGAGAUGAAAGUAAGUCAAUGCAGUAUCGGCCCAGGGGUGUUACCGUGGAGAGGUGGGUAAAAAUAUUUACCAUCUCGUGGUCUCUGCAAUGAUUUCCCAACCAAUUGCAUUAGAUAUGCUACCGGAGAAUUCCGAAGAAGCUAUGCACAGAGAGUCCAGACACAGGUCAGUUCAGGAAGCAAAGGUCUUUGUUCUCACCAAUCGGGUCUCAGCUGAACUCAUGUUCAAAAUGUCAGACCUGAGCACAUGGAGUAUAGGCUUUUUAUAAGCUAUGCAUCACCCUACUAUACCCUUACACCAAUCAGCAAACAGGUUACACAGGAUUACCUUAUAUGGACAGGCAACAUGGCCCUUAAGGAGAAUGGAAUGUGGUUUCAGUUCUUGCACACGCUCAGUACAUUGAUGACAGUAACUAACUAACAGAUACCUGUACUUGUAUAUGCCACAUGGAGAUUUUAGGCCUACUAAGUUUUGGGCAUAGCUGAAAUCCCAUCACAGUAGUAGGCAGGGGUGCACUGGCACCAAUAUAGAUCGUUGGGCAAUAGUUACUGUGAGGUAUGCCAUGAUGAUCGCCCUGAGAAUUAUAGUAAAACCAGGCACAUAAACGAGUGCACAUGCACCCAGGUAGAGCAGUGUUUAAUUGCUGCUGUAAGGUAGAACAACAGAAAAGAAAAAUAAUUAAAACAAAAGAUACCAUUAGUUAAAAAGAAAAAAUAAACAACAUGAGACAAACAGACCACUACUCUAGACAGUGGGGUUACUGGUUGGCUUGGGGUGUCUGCCGCUAAGAACAAAGAGGGUAAUGUUGGCUAUAUCCCAUGGACACAUCUAGAAAAUGGUCCACCUUGUUGUAAUUUUAAAAACCAUUGAAAAUAAUCAGUUACAAAACAGUCUCCUUUUCAAUGCAUGUCCUAACUAAAGAUCAGACAAAUCGACUGUUAAAGCCCUAAGGGAUUUCCUGCAUAGUCGCAUUCAUUAUAACUCUUCUUUAGCAAAAUGCGGCUACAUCUAUUGAAGCUUCUGCUCUUUUUUUGAGACACAGCAAAAAAUUCCUAGAGUAGUAUUAUAUCAAGCCCACGCCAUAAAUUUGCUGUAAGUGCAGAAGGGAGGUAGGCAAACCUAUCUGACACCUAUGUGAGUUUUCACAUUAGGAACAUGAGAGUAACAGUAAGCAUCAAUUACAUUUUCAGGGUUAUUUACUAAAGAGUGAUCUGUCAUGAAUUCAAAGUGAAUUUCAAAUUUGAGGCCAGGGUAGCUUAUCUGAAAACAUAGAAUUUUUACAUUUUGAUAUCUCUACAAAACAGACUUAUGUUUAUGGCCCUAUCUGACUAACAGAAGCCCCAUGCAGCCACAGGUUAGUGGUGUGAUCGGGGGUUUAAUCUUGAUUGCACCACAAUCUCUAUGUAGGCAUCUAAAUGCCUAUUUAAAGAGCUGCUUGCAGGGCUGGCUUCCAGCUCAUUUAAAAGUCUUGGGCCACUAAAAAUGGCCUCAGCACACUAGGGAAGCUCCAGGUAUCCAUUGAUACCUUUUGUUAGUGGUGUGAGCAGGGAGUUAAACCUGAUCACACCACGAUCUUUCAAUAUGCAUUUACAUGCCUAUUUAAAGGGCUGUUUGCAUCGCUGGCUUCCAGCACUGCAGACAUCUCAUCUAAAAGACAGAGAUGAGCCCCUAGUAUCUAUUGCUACCUUAGGCUUCCUUGUGUGUACAGGGAUUUCACCCUACUAACACCAAAUCUGCAGUGUGUUCUAUGCCACCCUAAGAGUAUUUUAAGCCCACUUUGUGAAGGACAACAUAGAACGUCAUACCAGUGUUAAGGGGUUAAGAACCAUUGGUCAGCAGCUACCAUGUAAGAAAUUCAUGUUUCUGUACUAUUGUCUAUUUUUCUUUUAAUUAGUGAAACAUGUGGUUUAUAUUGUGUGCUUUGGUCUACCUGCAGAUGAAUGGGCCUUGAAAAACAACGUACAUAUUAAGAAACACCAAAGCAUCCAAGAUCGACUUACUGCUGCGAGGCGUCUUCUGGAGGAAUCGCCGUCUUGUCCUGUGGUAUUAGACUCCAUGAAGAAUCUGUGCAGUGCUAAAUAUGCAGCUCUCCCGGAGAGGCUUUACAUCUUGCAAGAAGGCAAGAUCACUUACAAGGUAAGGCUCCUCAUUAUGUUACUGCUAGAUCAGAAACGUAGUAACCGUCAUACCAGCAUAUGAUAUGUUGGACUAUUGCUCCCCAUUUCUUCAUUAAAAGACCACUAUAGGCACCCAGACCACUUCAGCUCAAUGAAGUGGUCUGGGUGCCAGGUCCCCCUAGUUUUAACCCUGCAGCUGUAAACAUGGCAGUUUCAGAGAGGUGAGGGUUAAUCCAGCCUCUAGUGGCUGUCUACCUGACAGCCACUAGAGGUCGCUUCCACGAUUCUCAGUGUGAUAAACACACUGAGAUGACGCUGAUGUUCAUAGGAAAGCAUUGAGUAAUGAUUUCCUAUGGGCGGUUUGAAUGAGCGCCCUUGCUCUGGCAGCGCAUGCACAUUCGGAGCUGACGCCGGCAGGGGGAGGAGAGGUCACCAGCGCUGGAUUAAGGUAAGUGGCUGAAGGGGUUUUAACCCCUUCAGCCCAGCAGGAGGGGGGCCCUGAGGGAGGGGGGGACCUAAUAACCCUAUAGUGCCAGGAAAACUAGUUUGUUUUCCUGGCACUAUAGUGCUCCUUUAAAUGUGGUUUAUAAAAUGAUAAUUUAUUACUAAAUGAUCAUUUAUUACUAUUCAGUAAUGACAGAAUAAAGUCACUUCUUAUUCAUAAACCUCUGUGGCUUACUACACCCACAAUGCUCAGUCACUGUUUGAGGACAUAAAUGGUGGUUAGGCAAGAUCAGCAGGAGUCACAGGCUAUGGAUGAGAUUAGUGGAUAGCACGUGUCAGUCUCCACCUUUAAUUCCACUGAUACAAGACUCCACCUUUAAUUCCACUGAUACAAGACUCCACCUUUAAUUCCACUGAUACUCACCAUCUACCUUACCCAAUACCCACAUCUCACCUUAUUGCCUUCGUUAUUCCUUAGUUAAAUACAGACAUUCAUUUUAUAGAAUAAAUCUGAUACAGCCUUACUUGUGAUGCCCACACAUAGCAACUGAGGAGAAAGAGAUCUACCCAUGGUCUACUGAGCUUUAUCAAACCAGUAUUUUACAAAAUAUUUUGAUAUACUUACAUGAUGUCACACUUUUAUUGUACUGCAAACUGAGAAACUAAUUUGAAGAAAUCUUCGACACUCAAGCUGGUAAGCACUAUAAUUCAGUUUUUUAAUAUGAUCUAUAUAGUUUGGUCCUAUAAUCCCAUUAGACUUAAUCAUAAAUCUCAGAGAAUCUCCAAACUCACUCCUAAAGAAAACCUGGAUCCACCCCAAACGUGGGUGUAUCAAAGAAUAUAAGGUGUAUAAUAGGAGUUACUCCUUGCAUAAUCAAAAAUACAAAACAUUAAAAGCAAUAUUAAACGUAUAUUUCUAAAUCACAAUGAUUUAUAUAGCACCAACAUAUUCAGUAGCACUGUACAAUAGGUAAAGCAACACAAAAUAUUCUAACAAAAAGGUUUUACAUAUGGAAAUAGUAGGUGAAGAGGGCUCUGCCCAAACAAGAUUACAAUCUGAAAGUGCAUAAGCAAUGAAUAAAUACAUACAUUAGCCUGACACCUAUACCACUAAAACAGAAUAGAGGUUGUAUAAACUUUUAUGUACAUAUGGAUACAAAAUAACAUAAAUUAUUAAAUGAGACAUACACUGAUCAGCCACAAUAUUAAAGCCGCACUGUCACCGUCUGUGGAUCUUGCAGAAUUCGGCAGUGACAUUGCCGCUGGUGGUCCAGUAGCCCACGGGGGAUGGGGGAGGGGGCAAGUAAAUGUCUCAAUGCAUCUCUAUGAGGAGGUGCUGACUGGCCAAAACUGCAUUUGGCCUGCCCCUUGCAGAUUUUAGCCAAUCCAAUGCUUUGGGAAAGCAUUGGAUUGGCUUAAAAUCUGCAAUUUUGAUGAUGCCACCAAGGGGACAGGGCCAGCGCUGUGGAGAGCUGAAAAUAAGGUGAGUUUUAACCCAUUCUGAAGGGGGGGAGGGGGAAUUGGGGGCAAGCCACCUAAAUGGUGGGUUUAACACUAUAGGGAGACGAAUACAUGUUUUUGUUCCUGACCCUAUAUUGAUCCUUUAAUGACGUUAAUCUGGGGGGAAAGCCAAUACUGCACAUCACUGCCAAACUGCGGUUAAUUCAUUGUUAUGUAACAACAGGAACUGAGCAGUUACAAGCCAAAUUGUGUUAUGUAAAAAAUGUAUCUGCUUAAUUUGCUCUCUGUAGGAUUAACUCUAACUUUGGAGUAUAUUACUCGACAUAUCGAAACCCACCUUACACACCUCUCUCUUCCUCAUUUCUUCACCUCAGUAGCUUAUAAAUAUCACAUUUAAUUGAAGACUUACUAUUAUUAGCAGCAGUAUUUAUAUAGUGUGAUGCUUUACAAUUUGAGAAAGUGGCGAGGAAGGCCCUGCUCAGUUUAUAAUCUAGAAAGAUAUGUGUAUUUUAUCUAAACUUACUUAUUUUAGUGUUAAUUAAUUGCCAGAUGUGAAUCCAAUCUUAAUUGUUAAAUAUAUACUGAUGGAGCACUCCGAGCACCAUAACCACUACAUCGUGCGAGAGGUCUUCAGCAGGGCUCUGCGUAUGAGCUGGCCUGUAGGGCACUGAACUCACAUACCCACUUUAGGGGAGUGCACAUCACCUCCUCUCUGGCCCCACCCCUAUUAUUGGGCUGUUCUGCCUUUAAAUGCCCAAUGUGAAUUUUUGUCCCAGUCUGGCCGUGCGGACUGGAUGUUUAAUUGUCAGAUUUCUACUAUAGAAAAGGCAAAACUAACUUGUGUGUUAAGAAAAUGCAGCUGAAAGUUCAAAUCAUGAUUCAAUAAAUACCGCAUUUACUCGACUCUAGUGCGCAUCUUUUUUGGAAAAUAAAGUUUCUAAAAUUUGAAUGCACAUUAGAUUCGAUGGCGCAUUACAUUGGGGGCAAAAUUUUCAAUUUUCUGGCAAAUUCCAUUCCGUCAAUUCAAACAGACAAAUUCAAAUAGACUAAUUCAAACAAACAAAUUCACACAGACGAAUUCCAUUCCGGUUUUCAAUAUAGGGUCAGGAAUACAUGUUUGUGUUCCUGACCCUAUAGUGAUCCUUUAAAUGUAUUUUAUUCUGACGAUCAGCUAUAGCUCGAAUAAAACAAUAUAAUAAAAUGUAACUGAUUUAUAGAACAGCAGUUAAUUGACAACCAAAUUGCAAAGAUUUACGCUAAAAUAACCAAUCUGUGACUAUAGUAGUUGGAGGUUUUUUCCAACUCUGCCGAUUUCCAUACAUUUUUCAAUUGAAUUACAACUUGGUGUUUAUUUAUUUUGUCAAGAUAUAAUUAAGCAUAGAAAGUUGACUGGAGGCAUUGACUCAUCUGUGCUGUAGAAUUAUGAAUCACUUUCUCACAAAAACCUGUAAACAAUAAUUACAAGGUCACGUGAUUUCUGCCUUUCAACACUUGGUUGUAGAUACAGAAUGUUCAUGUUGUAAUGACAUGUUAUUGUCCUCAUGAUCUAUACCAUUUGGACUCUUUACAAGCGUUGAUUUCGGGUGUAUGAAGAGCUGUAAGAGGUCACUGGUACAACAGUCAGAGCAAUUUAAGAAGAUAACCUUUGCCGAAAUAUUCUAGUUUUUGUUAUGGUGUUGUGUGAAAUAAAACAAUUUCUAACACAAACAUCUGAGAAUGAAUGAGGCAAGCUGUAACAUCUUAGUCCAGGUGAGACAGAUGCAGCAAAUAAUGUAGCAAGUUCUCAAUUAAUAGCAGACAACAAUUAAAGGACAACCGUCAACUCAAAACUAUUUUUAACAUAAUAACCAUUUCAUCAAGUUUCAUGAUGAAAUAUUUUAUUUUUUAAAUUUAUGAGAAAAACACACGCACCUUGGAUCGAACAAUGUGUGAAAAGAAAUUUGGUUUUUUUUUACAUAUACUUCAUGGUAGAAAAAAAAAUAAUCCAUUCCUUUCAAAACUUGAUAAAUUGAUUAUGAUGUGACGGGUGUCCUUACUAUGACUCACAGAGCCCUCUAGUGGCAGUUUGAAAGAUCACAUAGAAGGGACACGACAAAAUGUAUACAAAAUGUAUGCAUGCAUAUUAACAAGUAAGGGCAUAGGCUGGAUCCUAGGUUACUAUGGAUUGGUGCAUGACUGUGCACAGGUUGUGGUGUGGUUUUACCGCAGUAUCCCUGGAACUGAGAAUGGCUCUAUAUCAAAUAAUUAAAAUAAAGUUGACUCCGUUUUGCAUUUUAUUUUUUCACAAUCUUUAUUUAUUCAGUCAUUUAUUUAUACCCAGUGUUCUAUAGAUUUCCAGACAGAAAUAAGAAAAAUGUACAGCUCAUCAUGUUGUCCAAUAUGAUAAGCCCUCAAUUUUAUCACCAACAAACUGUUCAGUAUUUUGUACUUGUCUAUGGCACUUGCAAUAAAGUGAUAGUGGAGGUAUUAUAGGGAAGGGAAAGAGAGCUAGAGAGAAGAGAAGAAAAAAGAAGUGGGACACAUAUUUUUAUUUCAUACUAAGAGGUGCGAAAGGUGGGAUCAGUGCUUAGAAAUGAAUAUUGGGUUGGAUGUAUUUCCAACCAUUUUUACUCCAAUGAAUUGUAUCUUGUUUGUCGUGCUCCAGGGCACCAUAGCCCCGAUACUGCCUGAUUGUCACAUACUGCCUCUCCUUCCACUUCAUCGAUCAUGGUAGAAACCAAGGGCUCCAGAUCUCCAGGAAUGUGGUUGUCCUAUCCUGGAGGGCUGCUGUCUGUUCCUCCAUAGCUCAGAUCUCCUCAACUCCUAAUCUUCUCAACUCUAAGUUGAUCAAGGACUUGGCUGCCGAUAGAAGGUGAUUGGCCGGUGCUUUUUUUAUAUUCGAAGAUCGCCAUUGUUCAGGACAAAAUUGAACAGGUCUCUCAGAAUAACCAGUAUUGACUUCGGUUCAUCAAAGUUUGCCAGCCUGCGGACUUGGGUACUACCACUCGUCCCUCUUUUUUCGAUGUCCUCUAUGUGUCUCCUGAGUUCUAAGAGUACUUGGUUUUGCCUUGCCUUGUUACCGCCAUAUCUUCCUGCUGCUCUCUGUGAUCUUGCUGCUGUGAGGCCUCUUCCAACUGUCUCACAAGGGUAUCUAACCCUCCUAUAGCUGUCUGGGUGUCAACUAUUUCAUGCAGAAUAGUUGUAGAGUCUUCUUUUGUUAGCAUUGACAAUGUGCAGAUCUGCCUGGAUUGCUUCCAAUGAGGAGGCAGCGGACAAACAGGCCUGGUUUGUUGAUCUUUCAGAGGCCACAGAUCCUACCAAGGCUGACCGCAUACCGUGUUUCUCCGAAAAUAAGACCGGGUCUUAUAUUAAUUUUAGUCACAAAAAACACACUAGGGCUUAUUUUCAGGGUAGGGCUUAGAGCCAGUCUGUCAGCCGGUGUCCGCGCUGUGUAACACCCCCAGAGAUCCUCACCUCCCUGUAAUAUUCUCCCCUCCCUCCCUCCCUGUAAUACUCUCCCCCUCCCUGUAAUAUUCUCCCCCCCUCCCUCCCUGUACUCUCCCUCCCCUCCUCCCCCCUCCCUCCUGUAAUACUCUCCCCCUCCCUGUAAUACUUUCCACCCUCCCUCCCUCCCUGUAAUAUUCUCCCCCCUCCCAGUGUGCACUUCCUGUCAGUCCGGCCGGGUCGCGGACCGGAGAGGAGCUCGGCCACACUACAGGGAAGGGGAGGUGAGGCAGUGCGGCAGCCGUCUGAGCGCUCUCUAUAGAGCGCUCAGUCGGCUGUGGCAUUUAAAGGGCCGGCAGCCGCCGGCCCUGCCUAGGUCUUAUUUUCGGGGUAGGGCUUAUAUUGUAGCCCACCCCAAUAAUCCAGCUAGGGCUUAUUUUCGGGGUAGGGCUUAUUUUCGGGAAAACACGGUAGAUAACAUUUUGUCUGUUGUGUGGGACCAAGGUGAGUUAGCCUGUGACAUGUAUGGUGCCUGUUAUACCAUUCCGAACCAUACAUCACUUCUUUUUUUAGUUCUGGGUAGCACCGUGGAGCUCAUCUACUAGACAUCUUGCCAUCCAGGUCACGCCCCCAUCAACAGUUUUGCAUUUAAAAAUAAUCAAAGUGGUUUAUUCACUAAACUCUGAAUUGAAGUGAACUGAAAAGCAAAUGGAAAAGCUCAGCCUGGAACAGUCAGUUUUUAAUUUCAGUGACCAACAAUUCAGGGCUUAGUAAAUAAACCUCAAAGUGAUUUACCAGAAAAGAUAUAUUGAGAUUCUAUUUCAUUUUCUUGUAUAUCCUAGUGCAGGGGUAUGUAACCUUCAGCACCCCAAAUGUGGUGGACUACAUACCCCCUGAUGCUUUAGUACAUUAAGAGAGAUUUAGUCAUCUGAAGUGACAGUUUGCUUACCCCUGUUCGGGUGCAUAGAUGUUACUACCAAACACAGUACUACAUAUUUUAUUAACUUGGGAAGAAGAAAGGAUAAAGGGAUACAAAGUUGAACCUGUAAUGCUGUGAAUUUUUAAAGAUUCAAUUAUUAGUAGAUUAACUAAUUUAGCUAUUUAAAGUUGCUGUAAUGUCAACUAACAUGCAAAUCCUUACAUGGCGAUCAUUAAAUACAGUAGUGGAAAACUAUACAUGGUAAAUACAUUUUGUUGAUUUGCAGAGAAUCUUAUAUGAUCUGAUAGUUUUUGUAUGUUAUAACGUAUAGUCACUGUGUAAUAUAUUUUCUUUCUAGGGCCAGAUGGGUCCCUGGGGCUACAAGCCAGAAGAAGUACGCUUUAUUCUUGAAAAGAUGGACUAA